GUCACAGGUUAUUGUGUACUGCGUAGAUAUAUUCAUGACAUUCUAUUGAAAAUUAUCAUAUUGCUAAUUGCAGAUCCAGAUCAAAAUUUUUUGAAAUCAGUUAAAGUAAAAAAUGCAGCGUGCUCUACUGAUUAGCUCACGUACAAUGGCUUCAUUAAGCCAAGUACGAAUGGUUGGAGAACGUGGUUCUGGUGCUGGAAAAGGAGGCGGUGGUGGUGGCAGUAUUCGUGAAGCUGGUGGUUCCUUUGGUAAAAUGGAAGCUGCUAAUGAAGAUCAAUAUUUUUACAACCAGUCGAAAGAUCAAUUGGCUAAAUUACGCGACGAGUUACAUGAUGAAAUCUCAUUCCAUGAGGAACAAAUAAAACGUCAUCAAGAAGCCAUCACUCGCCAUAAGUCACGAAUCCAGACCAUGGACAAAAAGUAAAGACCUAACUUGUUGUCUUACUCAUCAAACAAAAAUAUUUAUUAAAUAAAUAAAAAAACUUAAGAUUAACAAUAACUUGAUUCGCAAUACAUCAAUUGAAAAAUGUUGUUAUACUUGAGGGAAUGAUAUACUAAUGCUUGUAAUUUAGUGGCCUAAUUAGAUUAGUCGAUCACUUUUUUUAUGCUUUGUGUAAAGUUUUCAAAUAAAUUUUCUUUCUAUCAGUUGAA